AUGUGCUGCCACAAACUAUCUGUGCUGCUGCUCCUCAGCCUGUCGGCUGUUGGGGUCGCUGUUGCCGCCAGCCUCUGGGCCCACAGGAAAAAUACCAGGAAGGGCCCCCUAGCUGGGGAAGCUGAGCUCGGAGCAGACGUCGCCCAGCAGGACGUUGAGCGAGUGGAGCUAGAAAACUUGGGAUGCUCGAGUCUACCAGUAAUCAUCGAGACAGAAAAUCUCGAAGCUGAAAGCUUGGCUCCUGAGGUUAGAGAGUCAGAACAUGAAACGGAAUAUUUGUGUCCAGGUGAGGGUAGCCUGGAUUUCCAGGAAGGUUAUUCAGAGGAAGGAGCUCUGAAUAGGAAACCAGAGAGCCAGAAUAUUGGGGGUGAUAAUAUGGAAGAAGGGGAUGAAGGAAAGCAGCAUGGAAUUAGUUUACUAGAACAGCCAGAUGGAAAGCCAGGUCCCGAGCUAGCUGUUGGGAAUUUUCCGUCGGAGGUGGCUGUUCCAACAAUGAACCAAGUGUUCAAAAACGGAGAUACCUGGGAUGAGAACACGAUAAAUGAAAGUAAGGAUGAAGGAAUCAUUGCGGAGGAGGAAGUGAAUAAUGAAAGGAAAGACAAUGUAAUUGUGGGAGAAGAGAAAGUGGGACUUAAAAGAGGGGAUCAAGGAAUGAGCAGUGAAGAACAAGUGCAGAACGAUGAACAGAGUCCAGAGUGUGGGUCAGAUGACACCACAAAGGUGGGUGACAGAAGAGCUCCAUUGAGUGGAAGAUUGCAAUCGGUAGGAAAGUUUCUUGGCGUUAAGAAACGAAGGUAUGCAGAGGUGAGAUUGGCUGAGGAUGGGAAGACAGAAUACAAGAAAAGAUGGCCAAGAACAAAUCAAAAACUCCACAGGGAUCGGCAAAGAUGUGAACAAGAGGGCUGCCGAGGUGAGGGAAUGGUGCCCGCGGAUAUGACACUGCAGUCAAGAUUCUGCAAAGAGGAUUCAGUUCACAUCACAACAUAUACAGAAGAUUUGAAUGCAAACUCUCACAAAGAAGCUGAAGAAGACUUCAACGAAGAAGAUCUUGAAGUCAUGCUCAAAGGGAGCCGUCUGCUGAAAAUUAAGUCUCAUUUUUGGAUGAAGUUCCGUUAUUACAGGCUCCAGGAGGACUGUCAGACGGUGUGGUAUGACUCUCAGAAAAUCUUCAAGAGAGCCAGGAACCAAAUUUUCUCCAUCGCUGACAUCCAAGAGGUGAGGGCAGGCCACUGGUCAGAGGUGAUAUUGGAGAAGCGCACUGAUUGCAGCUUCUCCAUCCUCUUUAAGGAGAGGAACACUAAACUGGACCUGGUGGCCAACAGCGCUGAGGAGGCCCAGCACUGGGUCAAUGGCCUUACAAAACUGAAGAUCAGAAACUCCAGCAUGAAACGGAGAGAGCAGCUGGACCAAUUGUUCCAACUUUACCUGCAGAAGGCCAAUAUUGAUAAGAACGCCAAAAUGACGCUGGAAGAAGUGAAGCAGUUUAUGCAUAUGAUGAAUAUAGAAGUGGAUAGUAUGCAUGCAAUGGACCUGUUCAAGAAAUGUGACAAGGCGAAAGACGGUACCAUCUGUGGCAGGGAGAUUAAAGAGUUUUAUCACAUGCUCACGGACCGCAAGGAGAUCACCACCAUCUUUGAUUUCUACUGCAACAAGGAGCAGCUGAUCAGCGUGGGAAAACUCCAGGAAUUCCUAUGGAAGGAACAAAGGGAGAGUGUGACACAGGAGAAUGCAUCACAUCUCAUCCAGAUGUAUGAAUUAAACGAGGAAGCGAAGCGUCAUUUCUUCAUGACCAAGGAUGGAUUUCUGUUCUUCCUGAUGUCACCGAGAGGGGACAUUUUCAACCAAGAACAUGACAAGGUUUACCAAGACAUGACAAAGCCACUCGAUCAAUAUUACAUUUCUUCCUCUCACAAUAUCCACCUGCUCACAAAUCUGCUGGAGGAUUCCAGUAGCACCGAGGCCAUCAUCAGUGAACUGAAUAAAGGCUGCCGCUGGAUGGAACUGGAAUGCUGGAAUGGACGGAACGGUGAGCCUGUUAUUUAUCACGGCUUCGCCCUCACCUCAGAAGUCCUCUUACGGGACGUCAUGGAAGUCAUAAAUAAUUAUGCCUUUACGGUCACUCCUUACCCCUUCAUCCUGUUGUUGAGGAGCUACUGCAGCAUAGAACAGGAGAAGGUCAUGGUGCAGGUCAUGGAAUCUAUCCUGGGGGACAAGCUGCUCUACAAGCCCUUCAUUGGGACGAUGCCCUCACCUGAGGAACUGAAGGGAAAGAUCCUGGUGAAGCUUAAGAGAGUAAACCGAGUGAUCGGUACAAUUGUUGAGAACGAGGAAGCCUUGGACGAAGAUGAGGCUGCUGAAAUGGAGGAGGUCGCAAGAAAGCAGAAGUCUCAAGAAAAGGUGAGUCCCCUUUCUCUUCCGUCGUUCACCUCACUGAAUUCCUUCCCUCAGUCCCGGCCAAUUCAUUCCGUCUCUCUUUUCCUUGCUCAGUUAUUCACCCAGAUUGAGGGUGCCAUGAGCAACCAGGUCUCCUAUGAGAUAUUGUCCUUCGUGGAAAACAAGUUCAAUGAACUGGUGCAGGACUCAGGCUCCACUUUCCAGUGCGAUGCCCAACAACUGGACAGGGUAUAUCCAGAAGACUGGAAGACAGACUCGCCGAACUACUCUGCCAUUGACAUGUGGAACGCCGGCUACCAGAUAGUGGCCGUGAACUUUCAGACCUUUGGGCAGGAGAUGGACAUCUACCGGAGUAAAUUUCGAAACAACGGUUUCUCUGGUUAUAUCCUGAAGCCUAAGUUCCUGAGGAAGCGUAAGACAACGUGUGCCUCAAGGAUCCAGAUGAGACUCUGGCUGAACAGAAAGAAGCUGAGCGUGCUGGUCCUCUCUGCCCAGCAACUCCCCAAGACAAACAAGGCGAAACCCAGCUCGGUGGUGGACCCACUUGUGAAGGUGCAGGUUUUUGGAGUCAAAGACGACAAUGAUCAGAAAGUGACACCACAUGUUUCCAACAAUGGUUUCAACCCCAUGUGGAACACAUACUUUCAGUUCGACGUGUGCAUGCCCGAGCUGGCCUUUGUUCAUUUCUUGGCUCAGGACUUUCCCGGCUCCUCGAGGAAUGACUUCAUCGGACAGUUCACACUACCAUUCACUAGCUUACAGCAAGGGUACCGCCACAUCCACCUUCUGUCAGCAAAAGGCGACCCCCUGCCCGCAGCCUCACUCUUCGUCAACAUCAGGAUCGACUGAAUCCUCACCGCCAUGAUCUCCUCCGCUGGGAUUCCUGACUCACCAGGAGCUGGAACAGAGAGUCCUCUUGAGCAGCUAGAGAAGGACAGAGGGACAGCUGGAUUGGGUUGGGGUAGAUUGAAAGAAAGAACAGGGAAGUGGGAGGGGGGAGGGGGAAAUAGAGUGGGAGAUAAGAGAGAAGGGGAUUGGGGUUGUUUCUGGGGCCUGAGAAUGGAGCUCAAAUGUACUUACUGACCUUUCCAUUAUCCGCAUGUGUUCACAUUUAACACUGGUCAGAGGACAGAGAAGGGAUUACUCACCAAGUCAGGAGCUGAUUGAUGGCG